AUGAGGAAAGGUGGGCUAUGGCAACUUGGUCAAUCGAUAACUCGCCGUGUGGCCCAGGAUAAGAAAACUAUAGUUCGUCGAUGCUUUGCAUCAGAAGCUGAGCUCGAGAAGACAGCUCUUUAUGAUUUCCAUGUUGCCAACGGGGGAAGAUGUCUAUUUGACAUUGCUCAUAUGUGUGGUCUAAGCCUCAAAGGAAAGGAUUGUAUUCAUUUUCUUGAAAAGCUGGUGGUUGCCGAUCUUGUCGAUCUUGCACCUGGUUCUAAGACUCUUACAGUCUUCACUAAUGAGAAGGGAGGGGCUAUUGAUGAUUUAGUGAUCACUAAGGUGACAGAUGAUCACAUAUACUUGGUCGUGAAUACUAGAUGCAGAGAUAAGGAUCUUGCUCAUAUUGAGGAACAUAUGAAGGCAUCAUGUCAAAAGCUAGGGAUGUGUCAUGGCACAUCCAUGAUGAACGGUCUCUUCUAG